ACUCGCCAACAAACUUCAACCUGGAGCAAUAAAAAUGAACAACACUUCAAAAGUCUCAAAUCCUGCAAUGAGGGCGACCAAAGAGGUAAGAAUUGCAUUAUUGUACAGCUGGAGUUGGACUCACUUUUAGAGAAGCUUUCCUCUUGAACCUCAAGAUAUGGGGCUAUUAAACUUCGUUACCUUGCUAUGGAGCAGUGAUACUCCUUGUAGCUUCAUGUAACUUGGAAACCGGGAUAACUGGUUGGGCCACUCGGCUCGAGUACAAAAUUUGUCUCUUUUGUUUCUAACCCAAGAGGAGAAUCAACACCAUCAUUAGAGUAGUCACGAGUACCAUCUGUAUUCGCGCAUGAUAAAUGUUACAGAUACAGACACUCCAUUUUUGGGGACGGGGCGAAAAGGCGGAGUGACUGUGAGGUAAAUCGCGGGAGGGGCGGGAGAUUAAGUUGACCGAAGAAUCGCAUGAUCCAGCGCUCGCCCCCUUUUCGCAUAGACUGACUCCUUGCAUGUGUUAUCUUUCGACAGAAAGAAAAUAUUGAGAAGUUUUUAUCCUUCUGUGAACAAUAUGGCGUUAAGGACCAUUUUUCGACCCCAUAUCUGUACCAGAAACAGAACGUUAUGGCGGUAAGAACGUAUUGAGCACAAAAUUCGUCAAAAUUCGGAGCCCUUUUAAUUAAAGGGCAAUGAAUGAUGAAUUCUUUUUUUUCUUCUCUUUAAAAACACAAACAUUUUGUCAUUCGUAAUUAAUUUUCAACAUAUUCUUUGUAAACCGGCCGUAUUUUCUUUAGUGAAAGCUGGCCAUAAAUCUUUUCUAAUGUAUUAUAGAAAACAAACAGACUGACACACUGAUAGUCUAAGGGGCGGCUUAGAUGCUGCUGAAAGACACACAGAUCAACAAACAGAAGGAGAAACUGACCUACAACCAAAAGUUGUCUCCUCUCUCGAGGGAGAUUGCAUUUGUCACGUUGACAUGACUGUUUUUUUUUCUUUUUAAGGUCGUUAACACAAUAUGCCAGUUGGGAAGUAUGGUGAGUCUCCCUGUCUACUAACACAGCGAUUACAUAGCUUCAAAUUCUACCCCUUUUUUGCUAAAGAAAACAAAAACAAUAACGGACAACAAAAAAAGGAAAACAAUUUUUUUGAGUAUUUUUUUAUUUUUAUUGUUCUUUUAUGCUUUUCCAUAUUAUUAAUUUUGGGAACACUGUGCAGGCCCAAAGUAAAGGUUAUGGCGGCCCCGCCCUUGGACCUAAGAUAGCAGAGAAAAAUGAAAGAGGUUUUACUGAGGAGCAGGUCAAAGCCGGCCGGGAGGGGCACAUCGGUCUUCAAGCUGGUACCAACAAAUUGGCCUCGCAGAGUGGGCAAAAUUUCGGCCUUGGCAGGCAAAUUGCUGGAAUGGGAUCUGAGGGAACAUACGACAAGUAAAACUUUCAUAUGCCGUUUUCGAAGAAGGUCAAG